UGCAGAGAGACUUUUAAGGCAGAGCGCAAUGUCAGCAGCUCACAUUUUAGGGAUGUGAUUGAACAAUUGCACCCUCUUCAUUCCCAGAGAGGUGAUUUGAUCCGCUCAGAAUCCUCUUUGCGGUUACUUGUUUUUUAAAUCAAUGUCUUGAGCAGCCGGAAGAAGACAAUUAACUGGCAGAGAGUUUGCGGGGUUGUGAGAGGGGGCAGAUACCUUAAUUCUGAACUCAACACUGUGACUGAAGUUGCUUCCCGUUUCCGCCCCUCAGAGGUUGAUGGAUUUUACUGGAACUUGCUGCGGGACCAUCAGAAAAACUGAACAACUUCUCCGCAAAACAGAAACCGCUUUGGAUUCACCACGGGAAGCAUCAGGAGGUCGAACCAGGAUCGACGGGGCUCCGCUUUCGAUUGAAGUAGAAGCUUUCCACCCCCAACUUAGGCGAAGCGCUGGAGGCGGGAGUGAGGAUCAGGAUUGACCUGAACGAAUCCCACACAGAAGCUGAACUCCAGGCGUUAGGAGCUUGGGAUUCCUGGGACAGAGUCACUGGGACUCGGGUGGUCAAUGGUGAGUGGACUCAGUCCUGUCCUUAGGAGAAAUUAAUUCCACUCAAUUUCCCGCUGGUAAAUUGUUGGACUGCUCUUGUACUGAGAUCGCUCUUGCUCUGAAAUUGAACUGUCUGGUCUCGGUAUUGGUCUGAUUCGCCGGCACCCGGCGUUCGGAGCCCAGUGGGUGUAACAUGAGUGAGAGCUGGGGUGAAUGCAUCAACAACUCAAGUUCCGGUGCUGGUUUAGCCUGUCAGAAGGUCCUGAUCAACCUGCUCUCAGUUCCUCUAUCCAUCACCAUCAUAGUGGGCAACCUGGCCAUCAUCGUGGGGAUCAUCGGCAACAGGAGGCUGCACAACACCACCAACUAUUACAUGCUGAGUUUGCUGCUGGCUGGCUUGUUCACUGGGAUCAUCCUGCCUUCCCUUGCCAGGAUGAGCUUCAAGAGUCAGUUUGCCUUCCAGGCCUGUUUCAUCUUCCAUCUCUUCCCAAACUUCAUCUUCCUCUCUUUCCUCUCCAACUUGCUGGUAGUUCAGUACAACAGGUAUGCUUGCAUCAUCCAUCCUUUUCAUUAUGGGGUUUCCUGGAUUCACAAGUAUGUUCCCGUUGUUGUUUUGACCACCUGGGUCCUGCCCUUGCUUUUUGCCUCACUGCCUUUGAUCGGUUGGAACAACUGGAGCCCGGAUAACGAAACUUGCUUUUUCAAAUACGUUUUCCCCCAUGCCUACAUUUACCUGGAGAUCUAUGGCCUGCUCAUCCCUUCCAUCUUGGCCAUCACUGCUAUGAUUGGCCGAAUACUCCAUGUGGCGCGAGGUCAGAUGAAAGCAAUUAAGAAGAUGCACAGAGCAGUGCAGAGCAACUCGACUGCAUUGGAGCAGCAACUGGAUUUUAAAUACGCCAAGUGUAUCAUAGGAUUCUUCUUCAUCUUCUUGGUUUGCUGGGUUCCUUAUAUCGUCUUCAUCCAUGUCUCCUACUUUGUGAAGGAUAGUGGACACGGACACAGGAUCCACAUCAUUCUGUCCUCUUUAGGGACCAGCAGUGCAGCUCUCAUCCCCUUCGUCAUGGUCCUGAAUAACAAGGAAUACUUUGAACUGUGGAGAAAAGUUUUCCAAAAAGUUUUUCAAUGUUGUGCAAAGAUGCCUAACGUCAACUGAUGUGUUUGUUUUAUUGUGUAAUAUUUAUUUUAUAGGCUUUCAGGUCUUCCAAUUCAGAUCCAAGCCUGAAGUUUGUGGUUCAGGACUCUGCUCCAGAGAUUUGAACACAAAUCCAGGUUGACACUCCAGAGCAAGGGGAGUGCUGCACUGUUGGAGGUGCUGUCUUUCAGAUGAGACAUUUAAACCGAGGCUCCUCUCAGGUGGUUGUAAAAGCUCCCCUGGCCUAUCCUAUCUGAAGAAGGGCAGGGGGAGUUCUCACAGCAGUUUAAAAAAAAAAAGCCCAAAAACUGGUAGAAAGCUCAGUAGCUCAGGCAGCAUCUGUGGAGAGAAACAGAGUUAAUGUUUCAGGUUGAGUUUGAUCCUGAUGAAAGGUCACUCGACUGGAAAUGUUAGCUCUGUUUCUUUUAGCAGUUGCUGCCUGACCUGCUGAGUUCUUUAUUUCUCGAAUUUUCACUCUAUAUUUCAGUAUCUGCAGUAUUUAGCUUUUGUACUAGAGUUCACGACAGUGUCCUUGAGCAACGUUACUACAACAAUCGAGUAAUUAUCACUUUGCUGCUUGAGGAAGUUGCUCUGCACAACUUGGCUGUUAUGUUUCCUACUUUAUAUACUUCAAAAACACUUCAUUUGUUGUAAGCACUUGGUUCACUGGGAGGUGGUGAGAUAUGUUACCAUGAACCACGGCUGUCACACAGAGGGACACCAGUCAUUGGCCGGUUCAGUGCAUCUACUUCAACCUAGACCAUCGGAGCUCAAGCAAUAUGUUUUCUGACCAAAUCCAGAGAGGAAUUUCUAAUCCACUUCAACCCAACUGACAUUCAGAUUUGUAUUUUGUUGUUCAUCUUUUCUGGAGGAUAAGUUUUUAUUUGAUACAUUUUUUAGUUGCUAUGCGUUGGAUGGAAGCAGACCCUGUAAAGUUAGUUUCUGUUCUUUAAAAUUUGGGGUUUUGCUGUGAGUGCAAUUUAUAAACCUCUUAUUAAACCGGAGCCUUGAAUGUUACUGUAUAAAACCACAGCUGAAGGAUGUGGGCUUGAAAGUGCUAACCUCAUUGAGUGAAUGAGUCAAUGCGAUGGAGAAGCAGAAAACACCAAACCAGACACAAAGCGAGUCAGUCACCGGAAUUAAUUUACCGGACUUAAAACCCCAAUAAAGGCUCUUCUGAAUUUC